UUUUUUUUUUUCUUUAUACAGCAAUUAACUAGACACAAUAUAACUUAUAAUAAUAGACGGCAUAUUUAAAUAAAACAGCUUUUUUUUUAUAAACGUAUACUUUAAACUCUAUUAUAUAAUCGCUUACUAUGGUACCGCAUGAUGCCAGACGAUUAUCAGAUGAUGUAGAUGUUCAUAAUUUAGAAGAUUCUGAAGACCCUCUCAUUUUAAAGGGCGAACAAUUUGAUAGUGAUAUCAAUCAUGCUUCACAGAGCUCCAAUAGAAUAAAUAACAAUGGAUUAUUUGGAGACGAUUUAGAAAUAAAACCGGAAGUAGAUACAGGCAGAGUAUCUGAAUCAUGCUUUUCUUUUAAAAAAUUAUGGAAAUAUAUGGGACCAGGCUGGUUAAUGUCUAUUGCUUAUCUUGAUCCAGGAAAUCUUGAAUCUGAUCUUCAAACAGGAGCUGUAGCUGGAUACAGUUUAUUAUGGCUUCUAUUCUGGGCACAUGUUAUAGGUCUUUUUUUUCAAUUGUUAUCAGCUCGGUUAGGAACAAUUACUGGAAAGCAUCUUGCUCAAUUAAUUCGACAAAACUAUCCAAAAAGAUUAGCAUUUGUUUUAUGGAUAUUUGCUCAAUUUGCAAUUAUUGGUGCAGAUAUUUUAGAGAUUGUAGGUACAGCUGUUGCAUUACACAUUUUACUUCGACUUCCUUUAUGGGCCGGUGUGCUUAUGACAGCUACAGACACAUUUACUUUUAUGAUGAUUCAGCGUUAUGGAAUUCGUCGUUUAGAAGCGUUUUUUAUGGUUUUAAUUUCUAUAAUGGCAGUUUGUUUUUGGGUUGAAAUGAUACAAUCAAAGCCUGAUGUUCGAAAGAUAGUAGAAGGUGUAAUGAUACCGAUGAUACCUAAAAACGCUGAAUUUCAAGCGGUUGCUAUGUUGGGUGCAAUUGUUAUGCCUCAUAAUAUGUUUUUACAUAGUGCUUUAGUUAUGUCCCGUGAUUUAGGUAAACAACCUUCAGUUAGAAAAUUAAAAGAAGCGAAUUUUUAUUUUGCAAUUGAAUCGAUAUUGGCACUAUGGGUCUCUUUCUUUGUGAAUUUAGCCAUUGUAGUUGUAUUUGCGCAAGUAUUCUUCAAGCCAAAUCAAACAGAGCCUAUUAUAAUUCCUGGAUUGGAUGAUGCUGAUGCUGUUUUAAGUGGCACUUUGGGUUCUGCUGCAAAAUAUUUAUGGGCAGCUGGUUUACUUGCAGCUGGCCAAAGUUCAACGAUGACAGGUACAUUAGCAGGUCAGUAUGUUACUGAGGGCUUUUUUGGUAAUAUUUUCAAGAAAGAUUGGCAUCGAGUGGCAGUAACACGAUGUAUUUCUUUAAUUCCCGGUAUGUUGGUAGCUAUAUUUGCUGUAGAUCACUUUGAUACAAUGGGUGAAUUAUUAAAUGUGUUACAAAGUGUUUGUUUACCAACUGUACUUAUACCAAUUAUUAAAUUAUCAACGUCAUCAAAUAUUUUAUCGAAAGAAUUUAGACCCUCAACUAUUUUACAAAUAACAUGUUGGAGUUUAACAGUCAUUGUGAUUGCCUUCGAUAUUUUUUUAUUUAUUAAACAUGCAACAAGUCAAGGAACAGCGAUUGUCAUUGGUAUUUCAGGAACAAUUUAUCUUUUAUUUCUUGUCUAUUUGCUUUGGAAACCAUUAUGUCGCGCUCAUAAUCUAUCAAUUGAAGAAUCCGAUGAUUGGAUGAGUUUAUCUCAAUAUGAUACUAUGGAAAAUUCAUUUGAUGAGUCACCGUUACUGUCACUAAACAAUAGUAAUAAAAGCAAUCAUCAUGUCAACAAUAAUAUAGAAGAAGUCUAUUCCAUUUAAAAGAAAAAAAGCAAGCAAGCAAGGCAUAUAUGCAUCAUGUACACCUAUCUAAUAUCCUCCUCCCCUUUUUAAUAUUCAUAUAAAUAUAUAUGACCCCUUACAUUAAUUCAUAUUAUCAGAAUAAGAUAGAAAUAGAUAUUUUUACCUUUCACUUUUA